AGGAAUGUUAUAAGGAAGAAACAUUGAGAUUAAUAACAGCUUGUCUUUGGGUGACCUUGAGAAUAGUUGGAUAGUUGAGAACCACUAAACCAACACUGUCAGUGUUUUGCCAUAAACAACACAAAGAAGUCCUUGACUGAGAACCACUGUUUUACAGAACAUAGCUGAUCAACAGAGCAGAUUUUUUAAACUUUUAAAUGUAAAAAUAAUAAUAAUAAUAAUAAUAAUAUAUUUUAAACUGUAUGACCAAGUAAAUUUUGCUCAGAAAGUGUUGACCACAAUGCACAACAGUAAAAUACCACAGGCUGCAGCAGCUGAAUGCCAUGUAAGGACAGUUUUGGUGCUUUCCUAUUGGUUAUCACUGAGAUUCCGGUUCCUGUAAGCAAUGGCCGCUGCUGGCUAGUAGUAGCAGCAUUAAGCCGUGUGUCCGUCUCUUAGUGAGGUGUAACCAGUAUAGUAGCGGUACAGGCUGUAUGCAGGGUAGAGAUGCCGAUGUUUGGAUCUGAUAAAGAAGAAUCAGACAGACUGAUAGAGAAAGCCAAGUUCUGCCUGAGAUCUGGACGGAAAGAAAAAGCCCUGCAGCUCUUAUACGAAGCACAGAAGAUCUACCCCAGCACCAGAGCCCGAGUGCUCAUUGAUGCCAUUGUGAAGAAUGGCAGUGCAGCAGCCCCCGAAACUGAACGUACGUACACGCCACCGCCUGGCUGGAGGAACACAGAUGAUGACAGUCCUGUCCAGCACCAGCGUCGCAGUACUGGAGGGGCUGGCGAGGGAUCCAGCGAUGAUAAGAAGACCUAUACUGAAGAGCAGAGGCAGGGAGUUCUCAGGAUACAAAAAUGUAAAGACUUUUAUGAGAUUCUUGGAGUGCCGAAGAAUGCUAGUGAUGAGGACCUGAAAAAGGCUUAUCGAAAGCUGGCUUUGCGCUUCCACCCAGACAAGAAUUGUGCUCCUGGGGCCACUGAUGCAUUUAAAGCUAUUGGUAAUGCCUACGCAGUGCUGAGUAACUCAGAGAAGAGGCAGCAGUACGAUCAAUAUGGAGAACAGGGUGCCACAGAAACAGCGAGUCAUUCUUCCGCUCAGCCGCGAUACACACAUGCAUACCAUCGUACUUUCCACAGGGAUUUCGAACCCGAUAUCUCACCCGAAGAACUUUUCAACAUCUUUUUUGGUGGCAGGUUUCCAACAGGCAAUAUUCAUGUAUACACGAACAGAGGAGCUUCUUAUUCGCAGUUCUAUCAGCCACGCAGACGCCGUGCAUUUGAGAGACGAGAAGAAGAGGUACAGGAGAACCGCAGCCAGAAUUCGUUCACAGCCAUCCUGCAGCUUCUGCCCGUCCUGGUGCUGAUCCUCAUCUCUGUGAUAACCCAGCUGAUGGCAACCAGUCCUCCAUACAGCCUCUUCUACAAACCCUCCAUGGGAUUGGUGGUGUCCAGGGAAACGCAGAACAUGGGUGUACAGUACUACGUGGAUAAGAGCUUUGAGAAGGAGUACCGUGGGGUGGCUCUGGAUGAACUGGAGAAGACCAUAGAGAACGACUAUAUAGACCAUUUACAAAACAGCUGCUGGAAAGAGAAGCAACAGAAGUCGGAUCUGGCUAACCUGGGCCAGCUGUACCGUGAUGAGCGACUGAAGCAGAAGGCUGAGACCAUGAAGCUGGAACACUGUGAGAAGCUGCACCGCUUUGUGGGCCGCCAGAGGGGCAACUGAAGAAGGGCAUCUCUGGCAUAUCAGCAAUGGCUUAACCAGAUAAAGCAUGUCAGUGUUGAAUCUGUUCAGGUCACUUUGUUUGAAGAGAGAUGGUACGAUGUGGAACGGUGCCCAUUUGCCCUGUUGCGUAGGUAACAGCAUGCUGAAGUGCAAUGGAGCUGCUGAAACGUACACUGUAAUGUGAACGUACACUGAAAUGUAGCCUCAUCAGAGGGUGUGUGUAUGUGCUGGUAACAGAGCUGGCUUAUAUUUCCUUACAUUAAGGAACUUGUGAUCAAGGCUUACUAUAGAUCCUGUACACACUCAUAUUUUAUUUAAUGUCUGUCUGAUUUUAGCAGUACAAUUGUUCAGAGCAAAGUAUUUAAUAAUCUUGUUUAUUUUUUGUGUAAUACAUUUUUAACUGUAGCUAACCACAUUUUUUUAGUUAUAAAAACCUUUUACCCUUAUAUUGGCGUAUAGAAAUUCUAUAUAGUUGCAAAUCACAAUAUGAUUAAAAACAUCUUCCAUAUUAAAUAGAUUUGUCUGUAUGAAGGUCAGUUUAAUUAUUUGAUGUAUUUUUGUCAUUGAUGUCACAGGGAAUUAGUAUUUUUUGUGUUUCAAAGAAGUUUCUGUGCACUAAAAUAUUGCCAAGUCAGUGUUUUUUUUUUUUUUUAAUCCAAUUGUGUAUUUUUCUCUACACAUUAGUUAUAACUAAUUUUUUAGUUGCAUGCAGCCCAAUUGGGGUUUUUUGGAGUUUGUUUUGUGUUGCACAGUGUUUGAAACAGUUGAUUUUAUUGCUCAUGUUAAUAGUUAAGUCAUAGAUGAACCUACUGUUAAUAUUUAUAAGGAGCUGUUUAUACUGUAUGUUGUUCCUUAUGCUGUACAACUCUAGUCCUGAAGUUCUAACCUAGAUCAUUUAACAGCCUGAACAUCAUUAUUAGCACUGUAACAUCCAGAGUUCAAAUCAGAGCCUGAGAGAUUUGGCUGACAUUGUGAGUUAAACUACUCGUUGCACUCUAUAGCCAAACCAGUAUUUGUUACUGGUGCUAAAUGAUAUUUUGUGCUGCUUUAAUAAAACACUAAACCUUC